AGUGACGGUACUUCCGGGCCGGUAUGAGUCUGCGUUAGUCGAACAGGCGAAACAAACAUGGAGGAAAUUGGUGUGAUAGUAGAAAAGACUCAGGAUGAGCUGCCCCCCUUGUCCACUUCCCGGCCACAGACUGGCUUGUCCUUCCUGGCGGCUGAACCCGAGGACCUGGAAGAUCUGUACACCCGCUACAAGAAACUGCAGCAGGAGCUGGAGUUCCUGGAGGUGCAGGAGGAGUACAUCAAGGACGAGCAGAAGAAUCUGAAGAAGGAGUUCCUCCACGCCCAGGAGGAGGUCAAGAGGAUUCAGAGCAUCCCACUGGUCAUUGGCCAGUUCCUGGAGGCUGUGGACCAGAACACGGCCAUCGUGGGCUCCACCACCGGGUCCAAUUACUACGUGCGGAUCCUCAGCACGAUAGACCGGGAGCUGUUGAAGCCCAACGCCUCAGUGGCUCUGCACAAACACAGCAACGCCCUGGUGGACGUGCUGCCUCCCGAGGCCGACAGCAGCAUCAUGAUGCUCACAUCGGAUCAGAAGCCGGACGUGAUGUAUGCAGAUAUCGGCGGGAUGGACAUUCAGAAGCAGGAGGUCAGAGAAGCUGUGGAGCUUCCGCUGACGCACUUCGAACUCUACAAACAGAUCGGGAUCGACCCCCCUCGUGGAGUGUUGAUGUAUGGACCCCCGGGCUGUGGGAAGACCAUGCUGGCCAAAGCAGUAGCUCACCACACGACGGCGGCCUUCAUCAGAGUCGUUGGCUCAGAGUUCGUUCAGAAGUACCUGGGGGAGGGCCCGAGGAUGGUACGCGACGUCUUCCGGUUGGCCAAGGAAAACGCCCCCGCCAUCAUCUUCAUCGACGAGAUCGAUGCCAUCGCAACCAAGCGUUUCGACGCCCAGACAGGAGCCGACAGAGAAGUUCAGAGGAUUUUGCUGGAGCUGCUGAACCAGAUGGAUGGCUUUGACCAGAAUGUCAACGUCAAGGUGAUCAUGGCCACGAACAGAGCAGACACCCUGGACCCAGCCCUGCUGCGGCCUGGCCGACUGGACCGCAAGAUCGAGUUUCCCCUGCCGGACCGGCGCCAGAAACGCCUGGUCUUCUCCACCAUCACCAGCAAGAUGAACCUCUCGGAGGAGGUGGACCUGGAAGAUUAUGUAGCACGUCCAGACAAGAUAUCAGGUGCCGAUAUUAACUCCAUCUGUCAGGAGGCUGGCAUGCUGGCUGUGAGAGAGAACCGCUACAUUGUGUUGGCCAAGGACUUCGAGAAGGCCUACAAGACCGUCAUCAAGAAAGACGAGCAGGAGCACGAGUUCUACAAAUAGAGAGCCGGGCACUCCCCGACCGCGAUUUAAGAACAGCAUCCGGUUCGCCUGCGUUUCAAGUCUGAGCGUUUUGUGCGGAAGGGGGCUGAGCUCUUUUCCUGCAGGGGUUGCAGGUCUUUCUCAAUCCCUGCAGGAAAAGAAGGAUUCCUCCCUCUUAAUGGGUGUAACUACUGGUUUGACUGGAGGAGUUGCAGCACUUUCACUCCAGUUUGAAAAGGCUUUGAAACGGGCCUUUUCCAGAUGUUGAGUUUUCCCUGGCAUCUUCUAGGGAAUUCUCAUUCCCUUCAAGCAAGUAAUUAAACCCUGAAAUGAAUUAAGACCUACAGCUGGAAGAAAAGCCUGACGACCUUGCAACCACUUUUCAGUCGACGCAUUAAAAGUCCAACCUCAUACUUCCACUGCUGAGGAAAUAGGACUGUUGUAGGGAUGUUGUACUUCUGUCAAUUUUAGCUGUUUGGGGUACAGUGCAGUGGAGGAAUGCUAUAGGUUUGAAGUAUGCCAUCGAGGUGAUUUCCCGGUACCAGUGAUUGCCUCAUCGAUACAGAGUACGUUUGUAUCAUUAGCAGCCUUUACACUAUAUGUUGCCUGCAGAAAAUGAACAAGUAUGCUGUAUUUAUUGAUGACUUGGAACACAGGAUGUGGUGCAUUCCUGUCGUGUGAUAUCAGCCAUUUCUAUCAGUAGGUGGUGUGUUUGCUGCUCUAUGUGAUCUGUGCAAAAAAAGUACACAUUAAAGUGUUUUCAAUAAAUCUUACUUUGGUAAAAA